AUCAGCGACGCCCCCAGACGAGGGUCGCUUGGCUUUUCUCCUGCGGGAAUUCUGAGUUGCCUCAGAAGAACGUCGCGACAGCCAAGCGGAUACCUCAGAAAACAACUAAAUAUGGUGCCAUCUGGAAGAAAGCAUACAGGGAAAUCUGGGAAGACAUCAGUGGAGGAUCAGGUCGUAAGAGCCUAUGACUUUGAGAAAGAAGAUAAAAAGGAUCUGAGUGGUUCAGAGGAGGAUGUCACUGAAGGGAAGAUUCCAGUAAUUGAUAAGCACGGGAAGAAAAGGACUUCUGCAGGAAUAUUUGAAGAUAUGGGGGGUGAAGUACAAAAUAUGCUGGAAAGAUUUGGAGCUGACAUUAACAAGGCUCUCCUUGCCAAGAGAAAAAGACUAGAAAUGUAUACCAAGGCUUCUCUCAAGACUAGUAACCAGAAAAUUGAACAUGUUUGGAAAACCCAACAAGAACAAAGGCAGAAGCUUAAUCAAGAGUAUUCUCAGCAAUUUCUGGCUUUGUUUCAUCAGUGGGAUAUAGAUGUGCAGAAAGCUGAGGAACAAGAAGAAAAACUAGCUAACCUGUUUCGACAGCAACAAAAGGCUUUUCAACAAUCUAGAAUUGUUCAGAACCAGAGACUGAAAACAAUUAGACAGUUAUAUGAGCAGUUCAUAAAGAGUAUGGAGGACUUGGAAAAGAAUCAUGAUAAUCUACUUACGGGCGCACAAAACGAACUUAGAAAAGAAAUGGCUUUGUUGCAAAAAAAAAUUAUGAUGGAAACUCAGCAGCAAGAGAUGGCAAGUGUUCGAAAGUCUCUUCAAUCCAUGUUAUUCUGA